AUGGCUCGACGAACACUGAGAACACACUCCGGGCCAAUUGCUGCUGCUGCUGCCGCCUCCGCCUUCCUUUAUUUUUCUGCUAUCUUGUCCUGUACUGUGGCCUUCAUGAAGCGGAUCCCCCUUUCAAGAUGCGCCUCGCAAUUGCUGGCCCCGCCUCUUCCACAUCGGCCCUCGUGCCCAUAUGCCGCGGCGAAGAAAUUACGGAGAGACAUUAUACCACAUAGCCACCGGAUAAACGCACGCUUUCAGAGCACAGUAGCCAUACCAGACGAGGGGGAAUUGAAACUCGAGGCUGCCGCAAAUGUCGGUGCAUCACCAAUAGAGGAAUCAAGGACUUCUCACCCACGCCCACUCGAGAGCCUCCCAUCACCACACCCUAGUGCUGCCGAGCGCUCGAUAAAACUCCACGCUCUCCGGAGCCGGUUAUCGCUACCAGAACGAUUUCCCCUCCAAGUUCUCGCACGAACCCUUGUACAUCCUUCCGCAGACGCAAAUCCCGCCUUCAACAAUGCUUCGCUAUCCAUACUCGGACGCCAAUUGCUGGGCUACUACACUUCUGAGUGGCUGAUCUGCACCUACCCACGACUACCAAUGGAAGUUGUCUUCGCUGCUGUGGAAGCAUACAUUGGCCCCAAAGCGUUAGCCACAGUUGCUCGGGAGUGGGGUAUUGAGGCGGCGGCGGAACCAGGUGGUGAAGUGGACCCAGGACUCUUACAAUUCAAGAGGAUAGGGGCGGGUGAGGAGCUACCAGAAGCCCUAAGACGGCAGGUACCAUGGAAAUGGAAUGUUACCACAACCCAUAAAAUCUUAAAGUCGGACGCAUUUGGCUCCAACAAUGCAGGGCCGAGUCCACACGCACUGGAAAAGACACCAGUACCCGUUGAGGAAGCAGCACAGUCUUUUGUGCGUGCCCUCAUCGGCGCUCUCCACGUACACCUUGGUUCACCUCUUGUUAAGCGCUUCUUCCGCGACCACUUCCUUAGCCGACACCUCGACAUCAGCACAAUUUUCGACUUCCGCACACCGACACGCGAUCUAUCAUGGCUAUGCAGACGAGAAGGCUUCGAGCCACCCGUGGCCCGCUUAAUAUCAGAAACCGGUCGUCUGAGCAGACAUCCUGUUUUCGUCGUUGGCGUAUACAGUGGGAGGGACAAACUCGGCGAGGCAUCAGGCAGCUCACUAAAUGAAGCGAGGAUAAGAGCGUCGGCAGCAGCACUGAAGGCCUGGUAUCUAUACAAGCCAGUCCAAGUCACAGUACCUAGCAGUACCGAGGGUGAAGUAGACACGAGCAACUGGCGGCCCAACUACGUCGAUUGUGGUGAGGUCAUUGUAUAA